AUGGAACUCGCCUCCAAGUCUAACCAAGUGUACCUGCUGGUCAAGAUCAUCAACCUGGUGAAUGUCAAUGCCGUCCGUCAUGUAAAGAAGGCACUGAAGCUUAUCAUAUUUGACCUCUUCGGGCUGGUCAUGCUACUGAAGGUCGAUUUUAAAUUGAUCAAUAUAGCGCAGAGCAACGGCUUCUUCGUUCUGCGCACCCGUUUGAGGAUGCUGAACCUGCUCCUGUACGCCAUGCAACCGAGUCAGACGAUGCGUCACCAGUUUUCCCUGAAGGUGCUCAAAAUUUCGACCUUCCUGCCCAACUUGGCGUGCGCCACGGGGGUGGACAAGUGGCAACGAAGCGGUGACACAGACGUGAUAAAGCGGAUGCUGAACCUGCUCCUGUACGCCAUGCAACCGAGUCAGACGAUGCGUCACCAGUUUUCCCUGAAGGUGCUCAAAAUUUCGACCUUCCUGCCCAACUUGGCGUGCGCCACGGGGGUGGACAAGUGGCAACGAAGCGGUGACACAGACGUGAUAAAGCGGUGA